CCUUUCUACUAGCAACGCAAUGGCCUAUGAGACACCUUCUGAACAGUCUCUUCUUAAGGGUGGAGUGGAAAGAGGAGCCAGGCAGCUUCCUCAGGCCCUCUUGACCUUUGAGGAGGUGGCUGUGUUUUUCACGGAGGAGGAGUGGGCUCUGCUGGAUCCUGGCCAAAGAGCUCUGCACAAAGAAGUCAUGGAGGAGAAUUAUGAGAUGGUGGCCUCUUUAGAAUCAGACCUCAGUUCCUGUUGGGAAGAAGGACAAGAUUCAUUCCUCCAGGACCCCAAAGAAGGGGAAACCUCCACAGGUAAUGGGCAGAAGAGUGAGAAAUAUGGGGAGCCAUCUGUGGUGUCUGUAGAAAAUGCGGGGCAUGAAGCACAGAAAGAGACAUUUGCAAAUCAACGAUCACCUGAAAAGCAUGUAGGAAAUGUGUUGAAGAACUGGAAAACCAAAUCCCUUACUAUUCAGGACACUGAUGUCCAUGUAUCACUGAAUCCACAGGAAGAAUUCACAAGAAUUAACAGUGUGGAGUGUGAAAAGAGCUUCAGUCAGAGUGGAAGCAUUAGUUUACGUCAAGGAACCCAAACAGGGGAGAAAGCGUUUCAAUGCAUGGAGUGUGGAAAGAGCAUAAGUAGUGCUGGUAACCUUGUCAAGCAUAAAAAAACCCACACAGGGGAGAAACCGUUCAAAUGCAUGGAGUGUGGAAAGAGCUUCAGCCAGAGCGGAAACCUUAUUGCACAUCAAAGAACCCACACAGGGGAGAAACCAUAUGAAUGUAUGAUGUGCAGAAAGAGGUUCAGUCUCAAUCACCAUCUUACUUUACAUCAAAGAACCCACACAGGAGAAAAACCAUUUAAAUGUAUAGAGUGUGGAAAGAACUUCAGCCACAGCAGAAACCUUAUUGCACAUCAAAAAACACACAUAGGGGAGAAACCAUUAAAAACUAUGGAGUGUGGAAAGAGCUUCAAUCUCAAUUACCAUCUUACUUUACAUCAAAGAAACUGCACAGGGGUGAAACCGUAUGAAUGCAUAGAUUGUGGAAAGCGCUUCCGUAUUAGGAGUGUCCUUACUUUACAUCAAAAAACCCACACCGGGGAGAAGCCAUAUAAAUGCACGGAGUGUGGAAAGAGCUUCAGUCAGAAUGGAAACCUAACUGUACAUCAAAGAAUUCACACUGGGGAGAAACCAUUUAAAUGUAUGGCAUGUGGAAAGAGCUUCAGCCAGAGUGGAAGCCUUACUGCACAUCAAAGAACCCACACAGGAGAAAAACCAUUUAAAUGUAUAGAGUGUGGAAAGAACUUCAGCCACAGCAGAAACCUUAUUGCACAUCAAAAAACACACAUAGGGGAGAAACCAUUAAAAACUAUGGAGUGUGGAAAGAGCUUCAAUCUCAAUUACCAUCUUACUUUACAUCAAAGAAACUGCACAGGGGUAAAACCGUAUGAAUGCAUAGAUUGUGGAAAGCGCUUCCGUAUUAGGAGUGUCCUUACUUUACAUCAAAAAACCCACACCGGGGAGAAGCCAUAUAAAUGCACGGAGUGUGGAAAGAGCUUCAGUCAGAGUGGAAACCUAACUGUACAUCAAAGAAUUCACACUGGGGAGAAACCAUUUAAAUGUAUGGCAUGUGGAAAGAGCUUCAGCCAGAGUGGAAGCCUUACUGCACAUCAAAGAACCCACACAGCAGAAAAAUCAUUUAAAUGUGUGGUGUGUGGAAAGAGCUUCAGUCAUAACGGAAACCUUACUGCACAUCGAAGAAUUCAUACUGGGGUUAAACCAUUUAAAUGUAUGAAGUGUGGAAAGAGCUUCAGUCAGAGCGGAAACCUUACUUUACAUCAAAGAACUCACACCAGGGAGAAACCAUUUAAAUGUAUGGAGUGUGGAAAGAGUUUCAGUCUCAAACACCACCUUACUUUACAUCAAAGAAACAACUGCACAUCAAAGAACCCUUACAGGCAAAGUGAACAUGAGAAGUAACUGGCCGACACAGAGAGUUGCUAACCGAAGUGGAAAAUCAGUUAAAAUGAAAAGAUUUUGAAGAGAUAAGGGAACUAGUAACAGGUUGGUUACAGUAUUUUCAAUUGAAUGAUAACUUCAAGAUAGACAAAAACAGAGGUUUUAGUUAUGAGAUAUCAAGAUUCCAAAAAGAACUUCUACAAAAUAUUAAAACUGUCAAAAAUGUAUAACUUGCUCCUAGAACGGCAUACAAAGGAUAAACAGG